UUGAUGAAGAUGAUGCGCUUUCAAUUAGAAAUGCUCAAAAAUAUUUUAAAGCACCACAGAUUAAAGGUAACUUAGCAUUUAUAAAAUCAAACUUUGAGUGCCUUCCUACGGCUAUAACACGUCUUCAAAAACAAGGCAUGGCAUUAAUAGAAGCGAUACAGAUUAUUGAAGAUGUUUCAGCCAAAUUCAAUAAUUUAAAAUGCCAGACCGGAAUCAAAAUUAACGAGAAAUUACAGACAGUUCUUACUAAAAAUAAAGGGUUUCAAAUUGUUUGCAAUAUUUCAAAAAUAUUAAACGGAGAAGAAGAAAACGUUGGUUGUUUAGAUAUACCUGAAAACUUAACAAGUAGUGACAUGGGAUAUUUCAAGUAUGCCCCUACCACGUCAGCUGAUGUAGAGCGUUCAUUUUCUGUGUACAAAAACCUCUUGGCGCCAAAUAGGAGAUCAUUCAAGUUUGAAAAUAUAAAGAAAUCGCUGAUUGUACAAUGCAAUACUUAUUUUGCAGGCGUCGAAGAACAAUAGAACAUUGAAGCAUUUAUUAUUAUUAUUACAAGUCCAUUUUUC